GAGAGAGAGAGAGAGAGAGAGAGAGAGAGAGAGAGAGAGAGAGAUUUGUGAUUGGUGGGAUGUGGAGGGGAAUUGGAGAGGGGAAGAUAUAAGAGGGACAUUUAGUCCCUACACAUGUUUUGUUGCUGAUGCUGCUUCUUCUUAGACAGCCACACACACACACAAGAACAUUUGCAGCCAAAGUUUACAUUUUUACUGCACAAAAAGAAAGAAUAGAGCAAAGUUUUGACCUUUGGAAUAUCCAAGAAUCUUUUUUCAUAAUUUGGUUUUCCAAGGCUGGAGCUUUUUUAGGUUGUAUUGUGUUAGAAGGAUUCUUAGUGAUUACCAUAAAUUUGGAUCAAGUACAGUACUAAUCUUAGGAAUUUGAAGACAGAUUGAGAGCAAAUGGAUGAAACCGUUAUUCCUUCGAAUCCUUUGUUGACAAACCAAUCUGAUUAUUUCAUGGAUUUGGAUUAUGUGGAUGGACUAUUGUUAGAGGGAUGUUGGUUGGAGACUACUGAUGGUAAUGAAUUCUUGCAAAAUAGUCCAGCCAAUUUCAAUGCUCCAUUUGACUCUUCUUUUAUGUGGCCUAAUACUAUAGAUACCAACAAUGUAGAGUUUAAUGGGAUCCCAUCAAAAGAUUUUCAAGAAGAAAAGCAAAUUCAGCCUUUUGGUGAGAAUGUAAACAAUGCCAUGUGUACUUCAGGUCAAUCGGAAAGUCAUUUUGUUGAAGCUCCAGAGUUGAAUAGAAGGUGGUGGUUUGGACCAAAAGCUUCAUCUUCUGUAAUGGAUAGAUUGAUUUGGGCACUUGGACACAUAAGAGAUUGCUCUAGGGAUAAGGAUAUACUUCUUCAACUAUGGGUGCCGAUAAAUAGGGAUGGAAGGCAUGUGCUCAGCACAACUGAUCAACCUUUCUUACUAGACCUUAAUUGCCCAAGGCUUGCCAACUACCGUCAAGUCUCUGUAAACUAUCAAUUUCCUGCAAAUGAAGAUUCUAAGGAGAUUGUUGGAUUGCCAGGCCGAGUGUUUGCAGAUAAAGUUCCUGAGUGGUCACCUGAUGUUAGAUUCUUCCGGAGUGAAGAGUAUCCGCGUGUUGAACAUGCUCAGCAGUAUGAUGUACGGGGCACCCUUGCUGUUCCUGUAUUUGAGCAAGGUAGUCGUAACUGCUUGGGUGUUAUUGAAGUUGUCAUGACCACACAGAAGAUCAAGUAUCGCCCGGAGCUUGAAAGUGUGUGCGAAGCUCUUAAGGCUGUUAAUCUCCGGACUUCCGAAGUUUCAACCACUCAGAAUGCCAAGGUAUGUGAUUUGAGCUACCAAGCGGCAUUACCUGAGAUUCUAGAGGUUCUGAAUUCUGCAUGUGAGACACAUGGAUUGCCAUUAGCUCAGACAUGGGUUCCGUGUGUUCAACAAGGCAAAGGAGGUUGCCGCCAUUCUGAGGAAAACCUUAUUCAUUGUGUUUCCACGGAGGAUUCUGCUUGCUAUGUUGCUGACCCCCACGUUCGGGGUUUUCAUGAAGCUUGCUCUGAGCACCAUUUGCUCAAAGGGCAGGGUGUUGUUGGGAGA